AUGGUUGUGCUCACAUCCGAUGUUGUCUACAACCGUUUGCAGGAUAUCAAAAAUCCAACACAAGAGGCAAUUGAGACCAUGUCAUUGUGGAUUAUGCAUUACAAAGACAAAGCAUCGAUUGAUUUGAUUGUUGACGGAUGGUUGAAUUGUUUCAAAACAGCUGGAACGGACAGUAAACGGAUUGCUUUAUUCUAUGUCAUGAAUGAUGUGGUACAAAAGGCGAAAAUGAAGCACGCUGAUACCAUUAUUCCAGCUUUUCAACCAGCUGUGCUUACUGCUGUAGGAAUUGGAAGAAAACAAGAAAAGGUGAAGGGAGUAAUGAAGCGGUGCAUUCAAAUUUUCAAAUCUCGAAACGUAUUCUCUACAGCGAGUACAACAGCAAUGGAAAAUUUGCUCGAUGAAGGAUACGAUGCGGAAGAUCAAGCGCUUGAGGUUGAUGCCGAUGAUUUGUACAAGAAAAUCACAAAUUUCGUCGGGGCAAGAAAUGUAAUCGCUGACAUGAUGAAGUAUGUAACCGAAGGGGAUUUCGAUUACAAAGAAAAAUGCAGAAGUGGGAUGAAAGAUCGGGAAGAAGGGGCGCAUAUUCUGCAAGAGGUGCAUGAAGCGAUAGAUACGAUGGUUCAGGUUCGUCACUCUAUGGAAGAUCAGAAGAAGCGAAUGAUGGCUCUCUCAGAAACACUUGAACUCGCGAAACGUGUAUUUUUACAUCAAAAACGAGAAGUUCUCGUUGUAGAGGAAGCGUAUGUUAACUUCAGAGAUGGAAUCAAAGCAGUGCACACUGAUUUGGUUGAAAUGGAAAAGAAAGGAGUUUAUCCGGGUAUUUUCUCUCCUAACGAUGAAGAUAUCUACAAUAGCCGUGGAAUGUCUCAAGGGUGGGGUGACAAUCGAAAUCAAGUUGACAUGGAAAUAGACGAAGACGAGCGGCCACAAGCUCCAAUGAUGAAGCCAGCACUACAAGCUCUUGUUGGAAUUUCAUCUCAGCCAUCUCUUCAGUCUAGAAUUAUGCAAUUGGGACUGAAGAAAAUUGCAGAUGGAGAUGAAGACAUGUUCCAACAAAAUGCAGGAAACGCAGAAGUUGCAGCAGCGAUCCCUUCAACAUUCCAAGGAAGACCUCCAGCUCUCGGAGCCAAUCAGUUUUCAAUGCCACCACCAGCUAUUCCUCCACCAUCCGUAGUUGAUCCAAGAAUUAAAAAAGACAGCGAAGGAGGACCGUCUCAAUAUGCUCUUGCCUUACAACAACACGGGCUUCCGCCUCCUACACAACAUAAACCAAUGCCAGUAGCUACCCCUGCAGCUGUUCAACCAACGAUCUAUCAAUCUCAAUUCGAAUCUCGUGAUCCUAGAUUCGCCGCUAUGCAGCAGCAACAACCUCCACCGCCUCGGCCAGCACAACUUCCCCAGGCUCCAACGGCAUACCAAGCACAAUUCGAGCAGAGAGAUCCUCGGAUCAUGCACCAGGCAGCUGCCGCUCCGGUUCAGCAGAACUAUCAGAAUGCGUAUGAAGCUCAGAAGCCGAGUAUAAUUUCUCCACAACCACAUGCAGGUUCUUAUCAAGGGAGAUUCGAACCACCGCCGAUUUCUCCGCAAGUGAUGACUCAACAACCUCAGUAUCACCAACAAGCUGGUGGGUUUAACAGACCGCCACCAUCACAACAGCCACCACAGCAACAACAUCAUCAACAACAACCACAUCCAUCACAUGGCUAUUCAGAUUACAAUAAUGGUGGUGAUCGUAGGGACGAUCGAUACGAUCGACGUGAUGAUCGAGGAAGAGGCAGUUAUCAUGAUAAUAGUCGAUACGAUGAUCGCAGAAAAUCGGCGCCGUACGGCAAUCCGAGAGGCGGCGGCGGCGGUGAUAGGUGGAGAAACGGUGGAGGUGGUGGAGGAGCAUAUAACGAUAGAAACCGCCACGAUAACCGGGAUAACUGGAGAGGGGGAAACAGCCGUGGCGGAGGAUACAACAGAUAUUAA